ACCCCAGGGCCCGGAUACUUUUAUCCUUAAUUAGGUCAUGCCUGUGCGAGCCAGGAAAGGCUUGUGCUUGCGGGAAGCUACAAAUACUGUGGGCAAGUGUCCCCUCCCUGGGGCCAUGGACAUUUUGGGGACGCAGACAUUAUGAGGUGGAGGUGGAGCCGGAAGUCAGAAGCCCUGAAAUAGUCACCAUGGGGGAAAACGACCCACCCGCUGCUGAAGCCCCCUUCUCCUUCAGAUCGCUGUUUGGUCUUGAUGAUUUGAAAAUAAGUCCUGUUACGCCAGACGCGGAUGCGGUGGCUGCACAGAUCCUGUCACUGCUGCCCCUGAAGUUCUUCCCAAUCAUCGUCAUUGGGCUCAUUGCACUGAUAUUAGCUGUGGCCAUCGGUCUGGGCGUCCACUUCGACUGCUCCGGGAAAUACAGGUGCCGGUCAUCUUUUAAGUGUAUUGAGCUGUCGGCGCGAUGCGACGGGGUCUCCGACUGCAAAGACGGGGAGGAUGAGUACCGAUGUGUUCGCGUGAGCGGUCAGCAUGGCGUGCUUCAGGUGUUCACAGCCGCUGUCUGGAGGACCAUGUGCUCUGAAGACUGGAAAGGUCACCACGCGAACGUCGCCUGUGGCCAGCUGGGCUUUCCAAGCUACGUCAGUUCAGACACCCUCAGAGUGGAUUUGCUUGAGGAGCAGUUCCAAGGGGACUUUGUUUCCAUCAAUCACCUCCUGUCGGACGACAAAGUGACCGCCCUGCACCACGCGGUGUAUAUGAGGGAGGAAUGUGCCUCGGGUCGCGUGGUUACCUUGAAGUGCACAGCCUGUGGUCUGAGGACCGGCUACAGCGCCCGCAUCGUGGGUGGAAACAUGUCCUCACUCGCACAGUGGCCCUGGCAGGCCAGCCUUCAGUUCCAGGGCUACCACUUGUGCGGGGGCUCCAUCAUCACCCCCCUGUGGAUUGUCACCGCUGCCCACUGUGUUUAUGACCUGUACCUCCCCAAGUCAUGGACCAUCCAGGUGGGCCUGGUCUCCCUGCUGGACAGUCCAGCGCCCUCCUACCUGGUGGAAAAAAUCAUCUACCACAGCAAGUACAAGCCGAAGAGGUUGGGUAACGACAUUGCCCUCAUGAAGUUGGCGGUGCCGCUCACUUUCAAUGAGAUGACCCAACCCAUUUGUCUGCCCAACUCCGAAGAGAACUUUCCUGAUGGAAAAAUGUGCUGGACGUCAGGAUGGGGGUCCACCGAGGAAGGAGGCGACGCCUCCCCAGUCCUCAACCACGCAGCUGUGCCUUUAAUCUCCAACAAGAUCUGCAACCACAGGGACGUGUACGGGGGCAUCAUCUCGCCCUCCAUGGUCUGUGCCGGCUACCUGAAAGGUGGUGUGGACAGCUGCCAGGGAGACAGCGGGGGACCCCUGGUGUGUCAGGAGAGAAGGCUGUGGAAGUUGGUGGGCGCCACGAGCUUUGGCAUCGGCUGUGCAGAUGUGAACAAGCCCGGGGUGUACACCCGUAUCACAUCCUUCCUGGACUGGAUUCAUGAGCAGCUGGAGAGGGACCUGAAAACUUGAAGACAAAGGGGACAAGCCACCACCUUGAGUUCCUGCCAAGAUGGAGACAUCAGCCCCCCCAUGGAUUGCUGGGUGGAAACUUUGUACAUGAGCCUUCAAUGCUUGGCUUUCUGGCACUAACAGCAGAGCCAAAAGGAGGGGGGACGUCUUUGUGUCCCUCUACAUCUAGUACACUUUGCUUCUAACAUCUCUGACAAGCCACUGCGGCAUUGGAUUAAAAUGACCUUGAAGCGCCUUUCUGACCUUCAUUAAGAACGAAACAGAAACGCCUCUGCAGUGCUACCUUUCCCCACUUGUCCAUUUGGUUUUCUCUCCAGGGGUCCUUCAGCAUCAUUGUUGAGAUAAGCAAAUGUCACACGAAGGGCAAACGGCGAGCGAGACUUGAGCCUCUCGGUGAAGAAGGGCCAGACCAGAACUGCAGGCGCUCGUCACUGUACACCCCACUGGCCACACCUCCUCAUCCCUGGGCACCAGAACCUGACCGAGACUUUCUACUUCCAAGAUCUCUUUUUGCACAUGGGAACUUCAUCUCUGAUUAGUUUGAAGGUUUAUUUCUACUCUAUUUUGUAGCACUUGUAUUAUUGUCCUUUGCUUCCAAAGGACAUGUGCUCUCUGAAUGCAUUCAUCAGUCAGCGUUUGUCUGAAUGUGUACCAACAGCUCAUGUAAACUGAAAUCAUAAGCUUGAUUCCAGAGGCUCGAUGACUUUGAUCUCUUGUAUAUGCUGUGUGGGUCUUGCAUUUUUCUGUUAGAACACGUUUCUCAGCAGAUCAGAAUGAUCUCAUAUUACAUCACGAGAUGCAGAAGCAGAGUAUGAAAGAAGUACUGGGACAAGCCAGGGCCCUCUAACCCCACACAGCGGGUCCUGAAGGAAAUAGAGUGGACAGUCACGUGUCAUCAGGAGGCCAAAGGCUUCCCUGCCUCUCUGUAGGGUCCCGGUAGCGCACACAAGUUACUGUCAGGAAUCGUCGUGCGUUGGCACUCGAUCACACAUGAAUUCAUCAGAGAGUGAACAUGCUGCUUUGUCUUGAGGCAACAAGGGGGCAGAUGGGUGAGUUUCAAAGAGAGCAGGGUAGGUCCAGGUGCCUGGGAGGAAGUAGCUCCAGUGAGCCCCCCAGGAGGCCGGAGACAAGGGUGGAGGAUGAAGGGAGAGGCAAAAGCAGACAGCUUGGAGCAAAAGUACUUACAUGUUCCUCACCAUUCAGAGUGGCUGCACAGAUCUCUGUCUGUGUCAGAAAGGGACAAGGCCAUUUUCAUUGUAAGUGGUUUCGCCUGGGUCUCUUUGAAAGUAGUGUUAGCUCCCCAUGGUGAGAAGAUGAAAGAUUUCAUGUGUGAUAACCUCAGUUGAGAAAACCUGAUGGUGGGAUCAGCAGGCAAGCAUUUCUAGCCUGUGGCGGUUUCAUUCGCUUUUAAUUAUGACUGAAUUUUGUGGAGAAAUAGUUGCCGUCUCACAAUCUUCUUUCAGAAGGCGUGGGUGAUGCUAAAGGCAGGUAGCUAGUCAGCCUGUGCCACGUGCCCGGCGCUGUUCUACAUGCUUCACACAUUCUCUGGCUUUAUCAUCACAAUAAGCCUAUAGGACCAGAAGUGUCGGGGAUCCAUUUGGUCGACAAGGACACCGAGGCAUGAGAGUGAAGGGAUUUUCCCAAGACCACACAUCAGGCCAGUGAGGAUUCAGGAUUUGCACCAAGCACAUCAUACCAGCAGGAAUUCAAGCAAUUAACUAAUUGAAAAAUGACUCUUUGGCAUUUGAGUGUAAAGGGACUUUGCUCCAGCAGUUUGGACCCAUUGGAGCCAUGUUAGUCAUUCAAGGUGGUGAAUAACUUCUCCCUCCUUCAGACACGUUUGGUCUCCGUGUAGACAUUUGCUGGCUCGGACUGGAAGGUGACGGGUGGGGCUCUUUGUUCCUUUUUCCCACAGACACAGCUGUCUCACACCUCACAGCCAGCCAGAGUGGGAGCCAAGAGAGGAAGUCGUGGCUGGAGCGCCUACCCUGCAGCUCGAGGAACAGCCAGAAGAACAUGCCAUGGAUGAGGUGAGCUGCUUCCCCUGGCAGCUUGGACCUGAAGAAGCAACUGUGGGGCGUCCAUGUCCCAAGUGAGGGGAGCCCCACCUGUGCCUGAUGUCCAGGACAGAACCAUGGAAACAGCUCCUCUCUCUAGUACUUUAGUGUCAAUAUGGCCUUAUUUAACCAUUUUAAAAAGAAUUAUAGAAGACCUAAUGAUAUUAUAGAAAGUUUGGGGAAAAAGAGUAUUAAAAAUUGGUCAACAACUUAAAUGGCCAUGAAAACUGUCACUUGCCUCCCUCUCCUAAGAGGAAGGCCUGGCUGGGGUCUGAGGACACCUGCUGACACCUCUGUUCUCCACCUCUCACGUGGAGAAACCGCUUGCACUGGUGCAGGAAGAUACGCAGACGCCUGCGUGUGCAGACAUGUCACUUGUCACGGGAACCAGCCCAGGAGCCACUGGCGGAUGGACAAGUGCCAGGUGUGGGUGCCACAUGUUGGUCUCCACGUCCAAAGGCUGGCUCCCGCUUCGAGAAUUCCCAACAGAGCAGCACUAGGUUUGGGAUGCAGGGUUCCCACGUCCUGUUCGAACGUGCAAAUGCAAAUUCCUGAUGACCCGGCCUCCAGCCACCGGGAGGCACAGGGGCACACCAGUGACGUAGAAAUAGAGAGACAACCAAGAAGAACCAAGUUUCUGCUGCCUGAUUGUCCACAACACGGGCUUAAGAUCAGUUAAUUUAGACAAAUUCACACGUCGGGCUAUGUUUUCUCCUACAGCGUGAAAAAGAAAACCUCACUCACUUGUUGCCAUCUUGGUGAUUUGGGGACACCAUGUUCUCUGCACAGUGGCCAGAAGAGCUGUGUAGGGCCACUGCCUGUGUGUCUGCUCGUGGGCGACCUGUGGGCGAGUGCGUUCUGAUUCACUCACCUCUUCCGGGUUGCCUAAAUAAUCGGAAUUUCUCCAAAAUUCAUGGACCUGUAGAGAGGUCAUUCUUCAGGCUCCCAUAGUACUUGGUGUGUGUGUGUAUGUACGUGUUAGUUUGUGUGUGUGGAUACACAUAUAUAAUGCCACUUCAAUGGCAAUGACACCGUUUGUUUCUGAGCCUGUCUCUCCUUGUAAGUUGAGAGCUCCCUGAGGAGGGUGCCGGACUCCACCCACCUGUGACACCCAGCGCCCAAUCCAGGGUCCGGACAGAGCUGCUCAUGAACACAGGUGGAAUGAAUCAAUGAUGACAAUAAACAUG